GCGGCAGCAACUUCCAGCGCUCGCCACUGAACUUUUCCUCAACUCCUUCCCCACCUCCCGCCGGCCGCCCGCAGCCCCCGGCCCGGCUCCGGCCGCCGCACCCCCCGCCCCGGUCCCCGCCGAGCCGAGCCGAGCCGAGCCGAGCCGAGCCGGGCCGGGCCGGGAGGCUGGGAGGGGAUGCUGCAGGUUGCCUGCGAGCUCCGCGCCGCACCAGACAUGUCUAUGCAACAUGGCAGAGAGGGAGGGUGAAAAGCCAAGAGAAAGGGGGUUUGCCAAUCAAAGAGGGAGCGCGCAGAAAUUGGGAACUCCUUUAGGGGAUGGCUGUGUCCGAGGGCAUGCAGCUGCUGUCUGCCCACUCCACAUCCCCCCUCAGCCGGGCAGGGGCGCACCCAACGCCCCCGGAGCAGGAGGGGCAGGAGGGCAGGGGCCUCCCAAGCCCCUGCACCCAUCGGGGUGCCCUGUCCGGACUGUCCCGGGAGCAGCUGGACCACUCCGUCCCGGCGGAGGCAGGGCCGGGACAGCCGGGGAGCGGCCAGGGGCUGCGCGGGGGCUGCGCGGGGGAUGCGCGGGGGGCCGGGGUUGCUCUCGGGGUCCCGGCACUGCCCGACCCCCGACCUCGCCGGCAAACAGCGCCUUUCCCUGCGGGGCCGCCCCGAGCUGUCCCCGGAUCACCCCUCACACACCCCCAGACCUGCCGGGUCACUCGGGAAGAACGCAAACGCCCGUGAACUUGCAAAGUUCCACCGCGCCCCCGGUUCAAGCGGAGACCCCGCACAGCCGCCGCCCGGGCGGAGAUGCGCGUCCUUCCCGUGCCCGGGCACCCGCUCGCAGCCGGGCGGCCGAGCCCCGUGCGGGGCCGGGGGCGCGGAUGCGGGUUUCCCGGGCGGGCGGCCCUGGCCCCGGCCGUGCCCGCCUGUCACCGCCACCUGCCCGCCGUCCCAGCGGCCCCGGGAGCCCGGCAGGUGCCGCGCCGCCCGCCCGGGGCUCCGGCCGCCGUCCCGGGCCGCCCCGGCCGCCCCCGCAGCCCGCCCGGCGGCCCCGGCAUCGCCCGCUCGGCCCCGCCGGCUUCGGCCCCUUCCCCGAAAAGGGCCGGGCAGCGCCCCGGGAAUUCCGUUUCGUUCGUGCGGGGAAGCUGCCCCGCGCCGGCAGCCCCUGCUCCCUCCCGGCUGGGAGGCGAGCGGCGGCGGGGAUGCGGGGCCGCUGUCAGCGGAUCCACAGAAUUAGAAACAGAGAUUAAAAUUCGGGGAAAUAUUUUUCCGGACGGACGGGUGGAAUUAAAUCUAUUUCUAAUACGGGCUGGGAGACCACAGGCACCCCCUCAUGCACAGGUUUCAGGGCUUUCCCCGUAACAGGAAAUUUUCUCUUCCUUACAUUAUAAUUGAGCGAGCCCCGCGGUCUACUUGGAGAAAAGUUGGGAAUUCUUUAUCGAGGUAUUCGUUGUGCUAUUGUCUUUGUGCAGUGAACUUUACAUCGUGUUAUUCAAUCUCAAUCUAUAUUCUCCCGGCUACCAGUAAGAUUAAUUUAAUCAUUGUAAUGCAAUUAUUAAUACUGUUUACCCAACGCUUGAUUUCAGGUUUGCUGGUAAGGAAUUAAGCUUCUUGCUGGGUGACCGAAAAGCUAUGCAGGGAUUUCCAGCCCACGUCGAAAUAAAAGAGUCCUCUUUAUUUAGUCUCAGAACUCCAGCUUUCAGCCACGGGCUCAAUUAGCCAAAAUGGAAACAAUUUUCAUUCAUUGCAAUAACUCACUGUUCUGCUGAUCACUUUCAAAAUAUACACUUUAUUAUUAUAUGCUGACCUCGGUGCCGCGAAGUGGCAAGGCUAGAAAGAGGCAGAGGGAUCUCUCCAGCCCCCUUGGGCUGUAAUUAUUAGAAAUUAAUUGGGUUCAGGACCCUGGGUAGCAUGGGUAAAUUAAUAGCUUGUCUGGUUGUUUAAAUCCGAAUUCUCAGUCCACAGGAGAGCAGGGGCGGGAGGCUCUCCCUCCCCAAACCCGCCCCGGGAGAGCGCGGCGGGGCUGGGGCAGCGCGGAGCCGCCGGCUGAUUUCCCUCCUUCUUUUCACCAACGCAUUGUUUUCGGGGAGCUAUUUAGGGGUUAAAAAUCAAAAAUAAAGAUCCUGUAUACUUGGAGCUGUCGUGCGGGAGUAAAAGUGAAAAGGGAGCCUUAGGCAAAAGGAAAUUACUGCAAGCCCGCGUGACCUUUCCGAGAGGUAAUCAAUCAAGUGAUCAACAGGGAUA